AUGGAAUUCCGUCGAGCAUUAUCACAUAUAAAGCAAACUAGUGCUUUAGUUUUUAAUAGUAUUCAUGUAAAAGUUUCGAAAAUUCACAUUUAUAAUUUAUAUAACCAAAAACCAAUUAUUUGUAAUGAAUCACCACAAAUUUAUUUAUGCUUUCUAACAAUUAAUCAUUGUAUUUAUGAACAUAAACAAUUACGUUUUCUUAAAAUUAUACAUUUAAUAUUUAUUGUAAUAAUUGUUGUAUGUUAUUUUAGUUUAUUUAUUAUUAUACUUCGUAUAACAUGGUAUGGUGCAAUACAAUUAUUAGUCUUAUUAACAUUUGCAUUACAUACACUUUUAAUGGUUAUUAUUUAUGCACGUGAUUAUAUAAACAUAAAACAUUGUAAUGAAGAUAGUCGUUUAGUACGUGAAGAAAAUCUUUUUACUUAUGUUAUUCUUAGUAUGCUUGAAAUAGCUUAUAUUGAUUUUGAUAUAUUAAAUCGACAAGUAUCUAUACAUGCUCUACAUCAAAAUUUUGAAUAUCGAGCACGACAAGCUGGACAUAUAGCAUCAUCGGAAGACUUGACUCUUAUUACAAAACAAAAUUCAGCACCAGCAGAAAGUUUUGAAACUGUUGAACAAGAAUUUAUAAGGGAGUUAAUUUAA